UAAUAAUGCUAAGAAAUUAUCAGUCUCCAGGUACCUAUUCCUAAAAAUAAAUUUGCUGAUUAUUCAGACAUAUUUUAAUUUAAAAACAAUAAUUUUGACAAAUUAUACAAGCAAAGUAUUUAAGUAUUAAAUGUAGGGAUGUGAGACAAAAAAGAAUUUAUCAAAAUUUUCACUACAUCAUAAUAUCAAAACUGAAAGCAUACCAGUUUAAUAUAUUUACAUAAAUAAGUCAUAAAUUUAUUUUAGUUACCUAUUUUAGAUUUUUUUUAAACAAAAUGUAUAAUAUUAUACGUCUUGUGUAUCAUUAUGAUUUAUUAAACAUUUAUUGUCAUGAUAAAAGUUCAAAAAUCAAUAUUUCAUAAGCAUUUAUAUUUGAUAGGAAUAUUGUUAUGUAUUUUACAUCACUGUUUCGUUAUUUAAAAUUUUUAUGACAAAAUCUGGUUGGUCUUAUUUUGCUAAACCAGGCCAUAGCAGUAAACAAUAGUUCAAUAAAUUAGGAAGUAACUUUCAACAAAAAAUAUUACAAACAAUUUAUCCAAAAUGCUAUUUUGAAUCCAUGCUAUGAAAUAUUAACCUUAUAGUGAAUAAAUGAAAUGCAAAAAUUUAGUUUAAAACAAUAUUAUAAUUUAUAGUUACAUUCAUAUGAUUCAUAAUAUAAUAAUAAAUUAUUAUAGCAUGGUUACAUCUUACAUGGUUACUAACUACUAUGUUUAUAAAAUAUAGGUCUAUGGGCUACACCUUACAAUAUUCAUUAAUUAUUACAAAAGUGACAUAACCAGUGUACACAGUACAACUCACCCAAUUAGAUAUAGUACCAGUUAAAAAAAACAUAAUAUAGUAUUAUUUAAAAAAAUAAAUAACAUUCUGAAAAAAAAAUAAUUUCAUUAAAUAAGUUUUGUUGAAUUAUAGAGUUCAUGAAAAAUAUGGUUCUUAGAAAAUAUAGCUUAUAUUAAUUUUCCUGAAAGCUAAUUUCCCAUUUUAUUACAGCCCUCGCCCCUCCGUUAUAUCAUAGAAUAGAUGAAAGAUAAUCUAGAAAUUUGCUCGCUGAAACUGUUCUGAAAUAUAACGCACUGGGAUGUUUGAACCACAUUUACAUGGUUCAUUAUCCCGGUCAGGGGCGGCUUCAGGGGAUGGGGCUCUAGGGGCCGCUCCCAAACUGUAUUUCUAAACUAUUUUAUACUGUUUAAAACAAAAUUACAAAAACAAAUCAUCGAAAUUGUCUGAAAAUUAUGAGUUGGCCUCCCCCUAACUAUGUCUCUGGUGCGGGAUAAUUUUAAACCGGUCUAGUUUAGCGAAUUUAAUUUAAUUUAAGUUUCAUCUAUUCUGUGGUUUACCUACUAAACAGUAAUCUUUUGUUAUCAUCUUAUCAUUGUACAUUAUCACCUUUUACGUAGUUAGUAACUGCUAGUUACUAGUUAUUUUUUACCACGCUUUUUUGGUUUUUGUUUUGAGUUUUACACGUUUAGAAAUCCAUUUGUUUGCAUGUCAUUAUUUACGAAAAAAUUGAUAAGUCUACGAGACUGGUAAGUAUUUAUUUACAUUAUUUGAUCGUAUUCACUAACGUAGGUCGCCUUGGCGUGACAUGUAAGUAUGAAGGUGUUCUUACGGAAUUAAAAAAAAAAUAAUGCACAGAGUUUUGCAUAUAUACGCUAAGGAAUUCAAUACCUCAAAAGUAAUGGCUAAAAGCAAGUAUGAAUAUGUGCGAACAUUUGAGUAUGAAGACAGAUGUUUACAGAAUUGUUGGAUCGUUGUGAGGUUGGAUGGUCGUUCGUUUCAUAGGUUUACAUCCUCACACAAAUUUAAAAAACCAAACGAUAAAAGAGCUUUAGAAUUAAUGAACAGGUCUGCUGCAGCAGUUAUGGAAGAAUUCAGAGAUGUGUCAUUAGCUUAUGGACAGAGUGAUGAAUAUAGUUUUAUUCUAAGGAAAAAUACAGAUCUAUAUAAUAGACGGCAGUCAAAAAUUAUGUCAGCGAUUAACAGCAUAUUUUCUGCAUCAUAUGUAUACUAUUGGAAUACAUUUUUUGAAGAUAAAAAACUUUUAUAUCCACCAUCAUUUGAUGCUCGAAUUGUUUUAUAUCCAACUGAUCAAAAUUUACGCGAUUACCUAAGUUGGCGUCAAGCAGAUACCCACAUAAAUAAUUUGUACAACACAGCAUUUUGGGGGCUUAUUACAAUGAAAGGAUUAUCAAAUAAUGAGGCUGAAAAAGUAUUGAGUGGGACGGUGUCGUCAGAAAAAAAUGAAAUACUAUUUAAAGAGUGUGGAACUAAUUAUAAUAAUGAGUUACCAAUUUAUAGAAAAGGUACAGUGUUAGUAAGAAAACUUGUUAAUUUACCUCCAUCUAAAUCCAAGAAACAUGUUAUAUGUCCAUUACAUGUAGAUAUUAUAGGUGAUAGUUUCUGGGAAGAGUAUAAUGAAAUAUUAAAUUUAAAGGAUCUAAUAUUAAAUAAAGACUUUAAGCCAGAUGAUAUUUUUUACUUGGUAAAACGUUCUUGAAUAAAUUUUCUUUUACAAA